AUUCAAACUAGAUCUACUACAAAUCCUAGAAAAGAAGCACAAGAGUGACCUGAAGAAAAAGCAAAGAGUGCUGAGUAUUAUACUACAAGGAGCAAUAUCAUUCAUGAGUGAGUUGGGGGACGUGUUGGAUUAACCUGCAGCGGUUACUGUGAGAAGUCUCAAGAGGGAAUUUUGCUUGAAAUCAACCUGAGGACUUUUUACUGGAAGCAUCAUGUCUCACUCACAACUCCUGAUUGUGCUCCUCUGUUGUCUGCCUCUGACAGCCUGUUUGCGGUGUUACACCUGUGUGUUUCCCGCUGUCUCUCCUCUGGAGUGCUUUAAGUUCCCCCAGGAGUGUCCAGCUGGGCAACGCUGCCUGUCCAGUACCGCCAUGGGGAAACGGGGUGCCCUACAGAUGACGAUGUACGAGAAGAGCUGUGCGAUCCCCUCUCAGUGCGGUGUGACUGGACAGAAGUUUGCCGCAGGCCUUUACUUCAACUACACCAACGUGUGCUGUGACACAGACCUGUGUAACGGAGCCAUGACCACUGCUGCCCUCAGCUGGGGGGGAGUGGUUCUCUGCCUGCUGCCUGCACUCACUCUGCUGCUGUCCUGAACACCACAGGGAGGGUCAGGGAGGAGGUAACAUCAGACUACACACCUGGAAAAGAGGUGCACCCACGAACCAGUGUUUAAAAAGUGUGUUUUUUUUUUCCUGUUUUCCUUUAAUUAACAGGGAACAUGUCCUUGUGGCAGCACUGGUAUUUGCAAUACUACUUAACGGAUUUCUUGGGGGCUUAUGUGCAUUCUGAUAUUUGUCAUUCAUACAUCUAGCAUCCACUUAUCUUUUCAAUGAGGCCCAAAGUUGAUCAGUAAAAAUAUAUGUUUUAUCAUUAGUAUUAUUAUAUAUUACACAGUAAAAAGCGUCAAGUAUCUUUUGUUAAAAUACAAUCUUACCUUUGUGUGUAUUUCAUGGCUGUUCUGUAGCUUUCACUCUUAUCAAAUGGUCUCCAUCGGAAGAUAAGAGUUUGCUCAGUUAUACUGAAAAUGUAGAUGAUCACAUUUAAGUUUGCUUAAAAUGUCACCCAACCUUUUGAGAUCUCAUCCCACAGUCUAUGGAGGUGGCUCCUGGUGCUUUUGAUCUCAUCACAUGUUUUUUACCUGUACAGAAGAAUCAUCAUAGCCUUGUAGAUAAUUUCAUUUUCUGAGCCUGUGAGUGAGUUCAUAGUUCAUUGUUUACUUUAGGAAAUAGAACUGACAAAACAAAUCUCACCUGAAAGUCAACUGAGUCACUGCUCUGGAGCUUUUUCACAUCACAUAAAUGAUCUUCCUUAAUUGAGCGGUACAUUACAAAAACCCUCAGGCUUGUUAUCUCGCAAGUUCAGGUCCAGAAGUUAAUUUCUGAUCUCAUCUUAUUCCACCAUGAGUAGAGCACUUUGCAGCAUUUAGCAAGUUAUAGCAGCAAGGACAAACUUCCUUUAACAGGCAGAAACCUCGAGCAGAACCAGACUCAUGUUAGACAGACAUCUGCUGAGACUGUGUUAGGGUUGGAAAGAGGGAUAUAGGGUGAUGAAGAGUGAGAGAUGAUAGUGGUGAAACAGAUAAUAAUAGUUCUUGCAGCUGGAGUCUGGCAUGUCCACAGCAGCAGGCCGUCUACAGCAGCAACCUACGAGACAAGGGAGCUCAGGGACUCCAGAAAGGUCUAUGGUUAGUAACUUUAAUAGGACAGGCAGACAGAGGAGAGAGAGGGAAAGAUAGGAUCCCAGUGUGUCAGUUCCCCCGGCACUCUAAGCCUAUAGCAGCAUAACUAAGAACUGGUCCAAGCCUGAGUCAGCUCUAACUAUCAGCUUUAUUAAAAAGGAAAGUUUGAAGCCUGCUCUUAAAAGUAGAGAGGGUGUCUGCCUCCCGGACCCUGACUGGUAGAUGAUUCCAAAGGAGAGGUGCCUGAUAGCUGAAGGCUCGACCUCCCAUACUAUUUCUAGAGACUUUAGGUACCUUACUCAGAGAUGUUCACAACUAGUUCAAAUUUCAGCAUAAAAUGUGAGUAGGUUGGAUGAAAAAUCCAAAUUCAAAAUAAUCCAAACAUUGAAAUGUUAAAUACUGUUUUUAAUUGAGCUAAUCUCAGUUCUGCUUAUUACUAAGAAUGCUAUUUUUUUUAAAUAACCCACUGGACAACAAGAUUUUCUGCAUAACCAUCCAAGCUUUGUGUAAACUAGAAAAUAUGUAGUUUGCACCAUGUUGUUAUUACCUUUAAUAUAAUUGAAACAGCUGAAUAAAGACGCCUGUCAGUGUUGAUUUA